CAACGCUCGCACAGAAAGAAAAAACGCUGGUAGGUCAUCCCUCGCACAGAACGAUUCUUUUUCUCUCCCUCUCUCACUUUCCACCCCAACCUAGGGUUGCCGCCGCCGCCGCCGCCCCCGCCCCCAUCGCUUCUCUAGCGCUGCCCAUCAGAGGACGGCCGUUUCUCCGCUGCUUCUUCUCUCGCCCUGCUCCAUCCCGACCAGCGCCACCGCCGCCCCUUUUCUCUCGUCUACGGGCGAGCCGUCACCCGUGAGGUGAGACGUCGUCUCCCGGCCAGGACAUAGCGGCAGAGAGGAGCAAGGAAGCAGCAGGGGAAGUCCAAUUGGAAAAGUUAGUGGCGCUACAGAUUUCUUGCUCCCUUGGUCGACGGGGAUGCGGUUUUCGUUGGUGGUGGUGGGAGGGGAACAUGCGUGGCGGUGACGGGAGGACCAUCAGAAGAAGAGGAGGAUGGGGAACAGGGGAGGAGGCCAAGCGGGGAGGAGAGACGUGAAGCAUUCAUUUGCUGCCGUUUCUCCAGAUCCAGAGCAAAUAUGGGAGCUCCAGCAAGGCCUUGGUUCUGAUGUUGCAACCAAUGAGCCUUUGCUCAGGAAAGAUGCUUCUAAGCCAUCUGAUAUGAGCGAUGUUUCACCACAAUGUUCUGUACAUUCAGUCCACCUCACCCUCCUUCACUCGUGCCGGCAUGCCGCCCUCCAUGGUAGAAAUUCCUGUAGCGAGCACCAUCUCAUAUGCUGCUGCUCACAGACCCAGUAUCCUCAUGGCAUGUCAACAUCACCGAGAGAAGCAUGCAGGAAGAAUUGCAAUACUUCACCACUACCCUUGAUCUUUACUAAAAAUAUAAUGUGCCAUCGACUCAUUAGGAAAUGCUGGCGAUUUGAGAUAUCUUGAUCUCCAACAGUAAAUAGUAUGCAUCAAGUGAUGUCAUUGAUACUAUCAAACAGGCUUUUGGUUGUUCACCGCAGAUCAUCUGCAAGAAGGGUUCAGUUCAGGAACUAAGGUUAUGCGUCACCAAUGAUUUGAAGUUGAGUUAUCUUUUGUCCUUGGACAGGCCUCCUUGUGAGAACACAACUUCACUGCUUUAAGAAUAAUGUUGUCAUGAGUCAAAACCUUUCUAAAUGAUGUCCAACAUGCAGGCCGAUAGGAAUCCUCAAUGUUUGCCUUGAAGAACUAUUAAUGUGAUCUUGAUUACCGUAAUGCACUGUUCUUAACAAUGAUUACCAACAACAACACCAUUUUAAAUAUUAAAUAUGAAAACUAAUGACAAACUGGUAUGGUGAGAAAGCUUGAAAGAGAGAAGGACAUGCAAAGAAGAUUUGAGCAAACAUGAAAAAUAUAGAGGAUAAAUAUCGAGGAUCGAAUCCUGCUUGGAAUCACUUCAUGCAAGGUGUUUUCAUGUUUUGCAAUCAUACCUUCACAAUAUAUGUAAUAGGUAAUAUGUGGUCAAAAGGGUGUUCGCAAGGUGUAUGGUGUUUUCAUGUUGGAGGU